AUCGCCUCUAUAUUGUGUGUACUAUAGUAAUUCAAAUCCAUUCCCUGGUGAAGCCCGUGCUUUCCGAACCUCGGGCGCUAAGUUCCUCGCGAUUCUUCCCUUUCCCCAUUUUCUCCGUUUCCCCGUCUACAGUCUUUCCCUUCUUCAACCCUCUCCCCUCUUACAAUCCAAAAUGGCUCCCAUUACUGAAGAUGCCGUCUCCGGUCUGAAGAACACCAUCCACCAGCUGGAGGCAAAGGUGUCUGAGCUUGAGAGCCGUCUCGCCAAUGGCGGCAAGCCCAAGUCCGCUGCCGAGCAGAUGCGCAUCAUCCUGAUGGGCCCUCCUGGUGCAGGCAAGGGUACUCAAGCCCCGAACCUUAAGGAAAAGUACUGCGCGUGCCACCUGGCCACCGGAGACAUGCUGCGGUCCCAGGUCGCAAAGAAGACCGACCUUGGAAAGGAAGCCAAGAAGAUCAUGGACCAGGGUGGUCUCGUUAGCGACGAGAUCAUGGUCAACAUGAUCAAGAGUGAGCUGGACAACAACCCAGAGUGCAAGAACGGUUUCAUUUUGGAUGGUUUCCCCCGGACGGUUGCGCAGGCCGAGCGUCUCGAUGACAUGCUCAUUGCCCGUGAGCAGAAGCUCCAGCACGCCGUUGAGCUGCAGAUUGACGACUCCCUGCUGGUGGCUCGUAUCACCGGCCGCCUGGUCCACCCUGCCUCUGGCCGCUCGUACCACAAGAUCUUCAACCCGCCCAAGGCUGACAUGAAGGACGACAUCUCUGGCGAGCCGCUGAUCCAGCGUUCCGAUGACAAUGCCGACACCCUCACGAAGCGUCUGGCUACUUACCACGCCCAGACCACCCCCGUUGUCGACUACUACAAGAAGACCGGUAUCUGGCGCGGCAUUGAUGCCAGCCAGGAGCCUGGUCAGGUCUGGAAGAGCAUUCUUGGAGUCUUCCACCAGUAAGCGAUUCUGUUGGAUUGAUUGCAUUUUAAAAAGGG